AUGGAAGAAGAUGAUCAAUCUGUAAGUGACGAAUCGGUGGACGGAGAGAAAGAUUACCCGUACCUGAAUCCUCCUCCAUAUGGCUACCCCGACGACGGCGAGCUGCCACCCUUCGUCCUCAUCGAGCCAAACGCCUAUUUUGCCAACCGCGACAACGCCACCACCGCCUCCUGCCAGAUUAGGGAUCUCGGGGGUACCUUCAAGGUCACCUUCUGCACCGCCCACCCGCCCCUCGUCUCCUACCUGUGUGUCCACGCCACCGCCUUCGACCACACCGAGUUCGCCGUCGAGCCCCACAUCAUCGCCACAGAGACCAACGGUAGCCUCAUCCUCCUCCGCUUCGUCAUCGGUAGAGAUCCAUGCCAUAUGAUGUCACUCGCCCGACGGCAAUACUUUAUCUACGACGCCAGCGUCCCCUCGCUCAAGCACCUCCCGCAUCCCCGCUUCCACAUAUUCACUGAGCACACGGUUGCCAUUGUGCGCAAGUGCAACAAACGCAGCCAAGGCAGUAGGAACGACCACCACUACAGCGGUGGUUUCAUCCUGCGCCCCCAUGGGUCCAGUCAGGAGGAUCACAACUGCAGCAACAGCAACUGCGACUACGUCAUUGCCGCACAUAGUGGAUUCAGUCAACAAUCUUCUGAACUCUGCCUUUAUCAGUCUGAUACAGAAACAUGGAGCAUGCUGCCGGUGGUACUUAAGUCAUAUACUCGUACAUCCCACCGAACAAGCAAGACACUGACCAUUGGAGGAGAUAAAGGCACAGUGGCCUGGGUUGAUCUCAGCCGUAAUAUCCUCUUGUGCGACGUGCUCGACAAAAACCCCAAUCUUCGCUCUUUAGAACUGCCGCCACCGAUCCUGCCAACCGAUGCACAGGACUUAGGCACUCCACGGUCUGUUCGGGACAUUGCUCUCCUUGGUAGCUUCAUCAAGUACGUCGAUCUGCAGCCUUUCCCUGUCUCCUCCACCUCCCAUGCUUGGAAGGCCGCAGUAUGGAGCAUCAAGGCCGGGAGCUCCUCCCCAAAGGAUUGGCACAUGGAUUACCUGCUCGAUUCCACUGAAAUACCUGAAUCGUCGCUGCCUAAGUUGCGGGUUGAAGAGGAUGCAGCUCAGCCAACCUUGUCGACUCUCCACAUUGGACUACCUCUCCUGAGCCUGCUAGAUGAUGGCAUCGUUUAUUUCCUCACCAAGAUUGACUACCAUUCCAUCUCCCACGUGUCAUGGGUGCUUGCUGUUGAUAUGAGAAACAAGACUGUCCAGAAAGUGGCUGAGUUCAGCUCCAGGAGAACUGUUGGUUUAGCCGUGGGCUACAUUGCAAGUAGGAUCUCCAAUUAUCUGAAGGGCGCUCCAGGUGCAAAACAAAACAUGAAAGGACCAGGGAUAUCGUUUUUGAGAUCGUCUAGCAAGAAGCAUCUUGGAAACUGCAUGGUGAUCAAUUUGGGUGGUCCAUCAGCGGAAAGAGGUUUCACCCUGACUGCCGGACAAAAUGCUGCAUCAGCAGAAAAUAUGACAUCGUUAAAUCAACACUGA